AGUCAAGCACAAGCUGUUGAAAUCGUAAAUGCCUCUCUCCGCCGAUCUUUAUCACCCAGAGCAACCAGACAGACACCGACGCCAUUGCAGUGCACAGGAGAACCCUACCCUGGGUGAAGCUACAUCAAUAGAGCAUGCUACGUAGGAAUAUACCUUCUCUUCAACAAAACAACAGACUCCACUGAACUGAGAGUCUGUUUUUCCAUUCAAUUCUCCCCAGAAUUAUUCUAUUUUCUCAUUCUAGGACAGCAUUGCUCCUCUCCUCAGCGACUACCCUCGAAGCAGACACUCCCACAACACACCAGGACACCCCAGUCUGACCAAACAAAAGUUGUGGAAACCUAUCAACUUUGGAGAGAAGCCUAUCUUUACGGCCGGAUAUACGGUGGCCUUCCAGUGCAGAGAGAGAGUGACAUUUGGGUAGAGAAAGAGGGGAUUUGGGGAUUUUUCUCUCUUCUGGUGGGUCUGUGAAAGUCUGUCAAGACGCCGCGUGCCGUGCUCCGUGUGAAGAAUGCCCAGGCGAGGAUGGCCAAGCCGGCUGAGCCAGCCCCAACACCUGGGCUCUACAUGGAGCGCUCGCAGAGUCGGAUCAGCCUGUCGGCCUCCUUCGAGGCUCUGGCCAUCUACUUCCCCUGUAUGAACUCUUUUGAUGAGGACGAUGUCGGUAAGCAGCCUAAAGAUGCUGAGGGUAGAAGGCUAAAGGGGAUCCAAAGGAGCACUGAGACGGGACUGGCUGUAGAGAUGCCCAGCCGCACUGUACGCCAAGCCAGCCACGAGUCCAUUGAAGACAGCAUGAACAGCUACGGCUCAGAGGGCAAUCUAAAUUACAGUGGGAUGUGCCUUGCCUCUGACGCCCAAUUCAGUGACUUCCUAGAUGGGAUGGGCCCUGCACAGUUUGUUGGGCGACAGACAUUAGCCACAACAUCAUUGGGUGAUGUUGAAAUAGGCCUGUUGGAGAGAAAUGGUGGUUUGGAGGUGGAGAUUGUGCAGGCCAGAGGACUCACACAGAAACCUGGAUCCAAAGGACCUCCAGCGGCUUACAUUAAAGUGUACCUACUUGAAAAGGGGAUCUGUGUUGCAAAAAAGAAGACAAAGUCGGUUAGGAAAUCCCUGGACCCUCUCUAUAACCAAGUGCUGGUGUUCUCGGAGAGUCCACAGGCGAAAGUCGUUCAGGUGAUUGUUUGGGGAAACUACGGACGCAUGGAUCGUAAAUGCUUCAUGGGUGUCGCCCGCAUCUUAUUGGAGGAGCUGGAUUUGACAAGCAUGGUGAUUGGCUGGUACAAGCUUUUCCCCACCUCGUCCAUGGUGGACCCCACGAUGGCACCAUUGAUCCGGCACUCUUCCCAACUGUCCUUGGAGAGCACCGUGGGCCCAUCCUUUGAGCGCUCUUAAGAACUUUGCUAACAGGCUCUUUGUUGAACACACCCUUCCCUUUGUGUGCCCCCCAAAAGAAAUGCACUACCCCUUCAGAGGGACAUAUAUUGACCGUAGUGUACUGCUCUGAGAUGGUUAGUGACACUGGCCUUGCACUGUUUUUCAGAAAUAAUUUAUUUUAAACAGCAGAAAAAGGGGGCACCAAAGUUCUAGAAAGACUUUGAGAAUAGGAGUUCCUUAUUCUUACUCUUGACUUAGGCUGUUUUUUUACAUGGCCCCAGAUAAUAUGUCAAUGCGUGUCAUGGGAGCAAGAGAGAGGUUUGCUGCAACCCUCCUUCUGGGGAUGUUUCAUUCCUGUGUUCUGGUGGCAGCCAUUGGGUCUGAAGCUGAAGUUUGCAACACAGAGGGGAAUGUGCAAUAUCAUGGUUAUAAUGUAGCUGGUACAGAAGCAAAUAAGCCAACACAAGUUCUAGAAAUCUACCACCAAGGAAAGCAGAUUCUCUCUACAAUUAAAUAAGCCAAGCUGAGAAUUCAAAUUUAAAUUGAGCUUAAUAAGUGUUGUUUGAAUAGAUUUAAGAUUGUCUUUGAAGCUUGUCUAAUAUUUUAACAGUUUCAACUGUGCCAAUUUACCAGUAAGUGUCUUGACUUUGUGGCUUGUGCCAUUGUUCAAAAGGGUAAUUUUGGAAAGGAAACAUCUGAUUACAGCUCGUGACAGGGGCACUGAAGCUUCAGUUAGAGCUGUCCUUUUUUAAAUUACAAUCAUCAUUAUGACACUGUCAAAGCAGGUAGUCACAACUCCACAAGUGAAGCAGUGAGGAAAGCUUGAAAUAUAUUUUUUGAUCAUCUACAAAGGUCUGAGAGGAAAUAUGACAGAUAUAUAAUUAAAUCAAAGGAAUUUACAGAAAAUUGUAGAGCUGUAUUGUAAUGAAAAUAACAUGUAUUUUAUUUGGCCGCUUUAUUAUAGAUGUUUUUCUAUUAGUCUUGAGUGAGCCAAAGUGUGUUUUCUGAUUUAUUUGAUUCAUGUUCAAAGGGCAGAGACGCAGAACUUGGUAGCAUAGUAAGGUUGUAGCAUUAGGUGGUAGCAUCUGCAUGACAGAAUACCGUAUUAGCUUAUCACAAAAUAAUAAUAGUAAGCAUGAGAUAUUACAAGGGGAAGUGAAACAACACAAGUUGGUUAAAACUAAAUUGUAAAUUGAUUGAGGAGCUAAAAGACAAAAGACACACAGUGCCAACGAACAGUUAAGUGGUUCAACAUGUAGAAUGGUCGGGAAAUAAACAGAAGAUUAUGGCCAAUGUUCUGGUCAGAGGGGAUAGGCUUUUAACCAUUCACUGGAACAUUGUGUAUUGUCCUUAACAUGUAGCAGUUAAGUUCAGAUUUAUGAAGAUUAUUGCAAUUCUGACUUAUGUGCUACUGUUGAAAACAGAAUAGCUAUAUUAACUUUAAAGAAAUACGUGUAUUUGGUCCGUUUAAGUACUACACAGAACACCCGGGUCUAGCUAGAAUGAGCCUACAUGUUGUGUAUAAUGUAUUAAGUCAAAUUUUUAUGAAAUGUAAAAAAAUUAAAAUAAUAUGGAGACAACAUUUUGAAAAUGCUGAAUUAACUUGAAGACUAAAUUCAAGUCUUAAGAUGAACAUUAAAUUGUAGGCACAGCAUCAAAGUGAUGAAGAUAAGAGCUCACUAGAGCAGGUAGCACUGGUACAGGAAUAUGAUACCAAGACUUACUGUUUUGAAACAUGUAUUUUUCCAACCAAUAUCUUCAUUUUGUAAAGCAAUAAGUAGCAGCACCCAUCCACAACAAUCCACAACAAACCUCCAUGUUAUGUCCCUCGAAGUGUGAUGUAUAAGGCUAAAACUAUUAUUAAGCUAAUACAACCUGUAAGUAAUUUAUAUGCUAUCCAGUGUAGACAAUAAGUGUGUAAAGUAUGUACUGUAUGUAUGUAUGUAUGUAUGUAUGUAUGCAUGUAUGCAUGUAUGCAUUUUUUCAGUUCAAACACACACAUGCACACACACACACACACACACACACACACACACACACACACACACACACACACACACACACACACACACACACACACACACACACGUGUGUGAGUGAGUGUAUAAGUGUAUGCAUGUGUUUGAACUGACAAAUGCUACAUCAUUAGGGUUGCCCAAUAGGACAAGAGGACAAAAUUAAACAGAGUUGGUGAUAGGUUGAGAAACAAUUUCACUCAUAGUCUGACUAGAAAACUCAUUUACCACAUUGUACCAAGUUUACAAUCAAACAAGAAAACAUUUGGAUUGAACCUUUACUAGCCUGAACAUAUUAUAUAGAAGAGACAUGAAAAGAAAGACGCCAUAUUAUUAAAGAAUAUUGGAAAAACUAGUUAAGGAUUUAAAACAUUUGUAAAAAAGUGCAUUGUACUGUACGAUUGUAUUUUGUACAUUUCACACAUGACAAAAUGUAUAGAUCAAAUCAAUCUACUUAUCUUAAAUGGAAUGUUUUUGUUUUUUUUAUUUCUUUGUGCCAAAAUAUUUUCUUUUUAUAUGUAAAACAAACCUUUGGGGAAAAAUCUGUUUUCAAAAAUAACUGAUAUUAUUUAGUACCAUGUCAACUGAAAGAUACACAUGGCGUUAAAUAAUCUCCAUUUUAAAACUGAAGUCAUUUUCCAAUCAAAAACUGAUGGAAGGUUUUAGUUUGAGGAAUAACCUUUAUCAAUUAAAGACAAUAGCUUCCAGGCUUCUGUUCCUUAUACCAUUACUUUCUAAAUCAAUUUAAAGUAGCUAUAUGAAAAAUUAAGAAAAGAAAAGAAUAUUGACAUUGCAUGGUUGUCAUUCACCUACUUUAGUACUUCGGUGUACCAUUUUGGAUUUCCAAAUGGAAUGGAACAUGGUUUAUUGUAAAAUUCACCAACUGUGAUAUAAUAAAAAAAUAAAUGUUAUGAUUGAAUGAAAAACAUUGGUAUUGUAGGAAAUGUUUGAAGAAUGCUCAAAAUAUUAACCAUGUAACUACUUACAACUGCAACCCGAUUUCAAAUUUAGCUUGUGGUUGUCUCAUAUACUGUAUCUCAGCCAUAGAGGUAUGAUAUCGCCUAUCCAACAGUUUAAUUCAUGGGUCUGAUGCAGUGGUGUGUGACUUUGAGUUUGUUGUAAUGAGAUGUUUCAAUAUGGUUAAUUGGUGGAGAAUGUCAAAAACACAAAAAAUGUGCUAUCAUCAGAAUCCCUAUCCCUUUUGUUUUACUCGUAUCUGUCAUGCACAUUUAAAUUCAUUACCAUCAAUUGUGAUGCAAGUAGAGGCCUUAAAAACACAAUAAUCAUACCAGAUGACUUAACAAUCCUAAAAUGUAAUUCAAGGGGAAAAAAAGUGUGAAAAUGAACUGUUUUUUUUUCUUCGAUGUCUCAACUUAUUUUGAAUUCAAUUUUGUCCAAUGCUUAUUUUGUCACAGUUUCAUUUGCCCCAUGUGUCUCUGUUGCUUUGCGGGUUUGGGUAUUUAAAAGAGGAAAGCACUGUUUUAUGUUCAUAAAAUACAUGGGUGUGUUUCAACUAGACCCAGAGCAUAUCAUUUUCUUGUGCAGAGGUGUGGGAUGAAAUGGGGAACACAUCCUUUCUGAUGCUGUUAAGCAUGUGGAUCCUUGGUUUAUUCACAAUAAUUUAUAACAUGAAUAUUUGAAAUUCUUUCAAACUAAUUGUUGAGUAAUGCAUAAUUUGGUGAAUUAUUAUUCUAUUCCAACUGUCAAUAAAAUAGUUUACUCCUA